AUCUUAUUCUCGCUGUAGGAGGGGAGAGUAGCCGUUAGUCUCUGGCUCCGGACCCGCAGCAGGAAGAUUUGGCAGCUGGAGCCAGGGAUUAUGAAACCAUACACCAUCCUCUUCCUGUAGAUGCCCUGGGAGACCCAUGUUAUCCUGGUCUUAAAACACCUGCAAGAAAGGGCACUUUUCCAUUACUGAAGCAGAUACUUCAUCCUGCUCUGAGAACCAACACAAUGGCUUUCCUCCCAGUGGUGAUGUUUUUGGCUGCUGUGCUACUUCCAUCUUUACCCACAGAAGGAAAGGAUCCAGCUUUUUCUGCUUUGUUAACCACUCAAACCCAAGUCCAAAGAGAGAUUGUAAAUAAACACAAUGAACUAAGGAAAUCAGUCUCUCCACCUGCCAGCAACAUGCUAAAGAUGGAAUGGAGCAGAGAAGCAACAGCAAAUGCCCAAAAGUGGGCAAACAAGUGCACUUUAGAACACAGUAGUGCAGAUGACCGGAAAACCAGUACGAGAUGUGGUGAGAAUAUCUAUAUGUCAAGCGACCCUACUCCCUGGUCAGAUGCAAUCCAAAGCUGGUAUGAUGAGAGCCUUGACUUUACCUAUGGUGUAGGACCAAAGAGUGCCGGUUCAGUAGUUGGACAUUACACUCAGGCUGUUUGGUACUCAUCUUACCGCGUUGGAUGUGGAAUUGCCUACUGUCCCAAUCAAGAAAGCCUAAAAUACUACUAUGUUUGCCAAUAUUGUCCUGUUGGUAAUAAUGUGAAUAAAAAGAACACCCCUUACCAGCAAGGAACACCUUGUGCCAGUUGCCCUGGUAACUGUGACAAUGGACUAUGCACCAAUAGCUGCGAGUAUGAAGAUCUCCUUAGUAACUGUGAUUCCUUGAAGAAAACAGCUGGCUGUGAACAUGAAUUGCUCAAGGAAAAGUGCAAGGCUACUUGUCGAUGUGAAAACAAAAUUUACUGAAGUUCCAGUGUGCAUUGCGCAAGACUAAGUGGAGAAGGGCUGCAUCCUUUUGUUGACACAUACCAGAGGGGAAAUUAUAGGCAUGCUAGUUGCAAAUUUGAUUCCAGACAGCAAUGCAUCUUUUUCUGUUGGAUCUUUACAGAAAUCUCUUCCAUACAAUGAUUUACAAAAGCAGAGUAGUCUGUGAUGACAACAUUGGGCUUUGAUGUGAAUUUGAUACUUUAAAUGUAAUGAAUUGAGUCAAGUUGAAGAUUUGAAUGCUCUACAACCAUAAGACUUAGGUCCUAGAACUUUGGAUUAAAAUGAAGAAUUACGUGUUUCCUGAAACAACAUGUCAACAAAAACCAAAAACACUGUAAUAUCAAUGUCAUUCCUACUGCAUGAUUUUUAACAUGUAUAAAGAAUGAAUUCAAAGAUUGACAUCUAC